AUGCAUGAUGUUUUUCCAUGGCCUCGUUUAGGCAUCCUUGACCUUAAGUCGAACUUGCUGCAAGGACCACUCCCAAUUCCACCACCCUCCACCUUCAUUUAUCUAGUCUCAAACAACAUGUUGUAUGGCAAAGUUUCAUCUUUGAUCUGCAGUCUAAAUUCACUAUAUGCCCCAGACUUGUCUCAUAACCACUUGAGUGGCACUCUUCCUCCUUGUCUGGGAAACUUCAGUAGUUUCCUAUCAAUAUUGAAUCUCCGAAACAACAACUUCCACGGCAUGACUCCUCAGGUAUGCACGAAAAAGAGCAGCUUAAAGAUGUUAGACUUAAGUGAGAAUCAAUUAGAAGGAUGGCUACCAAGAUCACUGGCCAAUUGUGCAAAGCUAGAGUUUCUUAUUCUUGGAAACAAUCGACUCCAUGAUGUUUUCCCUUAUUGGUUGGGAAAACUUCCAGAGCUUAAGGUUCUCAUUUUGCGAUCUAAUAGAUUUCAUGGUGAUAUGGGGAGUCCUGCAACCAAUUUUGAGUUCCAAAAGUUGCGUAUUCUUGACCUCUCUUACAAUAAUUUUAGAGGUAAAUUGCCACUUGGAUACUUCAAAAAUUGGAUUGCAAUGAAAAAUGUCCCAGAGGAACACUUGACGUACAUGCAAGCAAUUGCCACCAUCUCCCUAUUGGGUUUUGCAUUGAAUGAAAAUUAUGAUUACUCAAUGACAAUAACAAACAAGGGUGUGAAAACAGUGUAUGCAAAGAUUUUGGACUUCUUCACUGCGGUUGAUCUAUCAUGCAACAAGUUUGAUGGAGAGAUUCCAGAAGUUAUUGGGAAUCUGAAGGUGCUUCAUUUGCUCAACCUUUCCAACAACUUCCUCACUGAUCGUAUUCCAUCAUCCUUGGGGGAUCUACAUCAAUUAGAAUCUUUAGAUCUUUCUCGAAACAAACUCUCAGGAGAGAUCCCACAGCAAUUUACAGACCUCAUUUUCCUUGAAUUUUUCAAUGUAUCUUAUAAUAAUCUCACAGGUCCUAUACCGCAAGGGAAACAAUUUAAUACAUUUCAAAUGAGUUCAUUUGAAGGAAAUUUUGGACUCUGUGGAGACCAAAUAACAAGGAAAUGUGGCGAUUCCAAGUCCUUAGCACCCCCUUCAAUUUUUGAGGACGAUCAUGGAUCAGAGUCUCCGUUUGAUUUUAAUUGGAAAGCAAUCCUGCUAGGGUAUGGAUGUGGACUAAUAAUUGGAGGGAUUAUUGGGCACAUAAUGACCACCAGAAAACAUGAUUGGUUUAUGAAGAAUUUUGGAAAUAGACGACACCAAAGAGAAAUAAGCGCCAAGAGAAGGGGAAGUAGAAACUGA